GUUUGUGACAUAUUCGUUUGUAUAUCGUUUGUUUCGCUUGUUGAAAUUUUCUUCUUGCUUUCUGUUUUCUUCUCUUGCCUGAGUGCAGUCGAGCGCCUCUACAACCAAAAACCAAACGACCUGUAUAACGAAUGCUUGCAGAGGCCCCAGUCACUUUGUUAUAAAGGCGUUCGACUAUAUUUGGUAUAUAUUACGAUAGCCGGUCCUAACAACCUACCUUCCCACUUUUCUACAUGUGCAAAAAAAAAAAAGAAAAGAAAACACGGCGCUUCCAUUCUUUGGAGAUGUGGCGACUUUAUUGCCAUUAGCAAUCUACUUUAUGAUGGGUGCGCAUUUGGUGGUGAUAUGUUUUAUAUUGUGGAGAUCGUCGUACAGGCGACCGCAGCCGCACUGAUUAACGAGCGUGGCAGUCUCCGUCGGCCGCGCGGCAGAUGGCGGUGCCCGCUGGAUAUGAUCGACAUGGAAAGGAUCCCAUACCCAGCGAUACGUGCACCCUGUGGCUCCAAGCUGGCGCCAGAUAGGUUUACUCAAGAGCGGCGCGUACCCUGUGACUCAAGUAGGCGUCAAAGAAAUCCGCCGAAUAGUAGCGCAUAGCCAGUGUCACGUGCCCAUUGCCCCACGCUGGUCCGACGGUUGGUUUCGAACCCGGUUCACACGGUAUAUCAGCCUCGUUCUACAUCUAAGCGGGAAAGCGGUUAGAGACCUAGACAGAGAGGUAGAUAAGACACCGGAAAGUGGGUCAAGCAUCCAAAUAAUGCUAAUCGCAGUCCAAAAAAGUGAACGGCCCGUCUCGCCUUCUUUUCUUCCCAUCCAAGCCCUGCCUGAGCCAUGGGCAGCCUCAUGCGCCCGAGCAUGAGCCGCUGACAUAAGGCGAGGAAGAAGACGAUGAAGAAGUGCCGAGUGUCGCCCGUCAAGAUCGUCGCUUCUCGGGGGACGAUGGAACCCGAGGGGUGCCCGCGCAAGAGCUCCACCUCGUCGCCCCCGGCUCCGCGGUCGUCGACUCCUGAGCUUCGAUUGGCUGGCCAGGCCUCCCUGCAAAUACCGGGAGUACACAAACCGCCACAAGGGAAGCACCGCGCCGAGGACACCGACGACGAAGGCGAUGUGCGAAGAGUGCCAACAAAAGCGUCGGCUGGCCUUGCCAGACACCAGGGCAUGGAGGAACUGCCGGCCAUCGACCAGCUUCGCCAACGAAGGACCCCUCUCCGGGAGACCACGAACACCCUGGGCCACAUGUCACCGGGUAUCGCAGGAUACCUGCGCCUGCGCACCCCCUCGCCUAGCUGCCCGGGCACCCCUCCCACAGUGUGCGGAGCGAAGGCCGACCUGCGCCGCCUGAUGGGGAGCCUGGACCUGACCUCCUCCCCCGAGCGGCCAACGGCGUCGACACCCAACCGAUACGAUGUCUCGCCUCCGCCGCGAACAAGCCCGUCAGAGAUGACCGAGUGCCCGUUUGCCUUGCCGCCCGAUGUCGGAAGCGGAUUUCUGUUGGAGCCCCCCGUGGCGGCUUCGUCGAGCCACGCGCCCGUGACGGAGCAGCGCAAGUUCCGGCUGACCCGCACGCGCUCGCUGCCCGACCUGCGCCAGGAGGCGGCCGCGCCGGAGUUCCUGCGAAACCGCCUGAUACUGCAGACCGACGACACGGUGUACCUUCCGUUCAUCCUGCGCAAGGAGUACGUGAUCCGCACCAAGCUGCGCGUCUCCUUCAGCCUGCUCAAGCCGCCCGUGGUUAGGCGGUCGCACAGCGAGGGCCACGUGACCGAGGUCACGUUCCUGCAGCAGGCCUACUGCGGCUACUGGGACGAGACCGACACCGAGCUGGAGGAAUCCGACUGGCGGGUAGACGAAGGGUGCAACUUCUUCGACCUGUGCUACUUGCGCUGCAAGUGCUGCAAAAAGCACGCUGGUCCAAUGGCCACCGCACGAUGACCGGACGCUGUGGUGAUGGAGCUAUUACCACGCACCGCGACCUUUCUUUGUGUGUGUGCGGAAGUCAGCCGUGCUGCAUUCCGCACUUAUUUUUUUUACCGCCUAAUCUCUUUACACAAAAGCAACAAGCCAUUGUAAUUACGAUAUUUUUACAAUACAAUUUCAAAGAAAUGA